AUGAACAGGCCAUCUGUCAUUCAAGGCCUUCUGCAACCAACCACCAUGAUGAGUUACAUGGCCAAAUCGGCCAACUUGGCCUGUGCACUGAAAGCCACUUCUCAGGCUGUUCCCUCUACCUUGAAGCCUGUUAUUGCACCUGUUGUCUUGGCUGCUGAGACUAUAAUUGUACCCCCUAAGCCAGUGAAACUCACAUCAGAUUCUUUGAACACAUCUUUACCCACAGGUGUCCUGAGGGCCACAAGUGGACUUUGCACAUCCCAACAAAUCCGAAUGGCACAUACUGAUAUCAAGGUUCCAGACUUCUCGGAGUAUAGGCAUCGUUCCCUUCGAGACAACAAAGCAAGUAACAGAGACUCUGCAGAUUCUAGGCGUGCAUUCACCUAUAUAACCACUGGAGCUUUUGCAGUUGGAAGUGCCUAUGUUGCCAAGUCCGCUGUGACGCAGUUUGUCAUGACAAUGAGUGCAUCAGCAGAUGUCAUGGCACUGGCCAAGAUUGAAAUCAAGCUCUCUGACAUCCCAGAAGGAAAGAAUGUGGUGUUCCAAUGGAGAGGCAAGCCCCUGUUUGUCCGACACAGGACUCCAGAAGAGAUUAAGACAGAGCAGAGUGUUGAUUUAGCUUCGCUGAGGGACCCACAGGCCGAUUCCGAUCGCACGAAAGAUCCGAAGUGGUUGAUCCUCCUUGGUGUCUGCACACAUCUUGGAUGUGUUCCCAUCGCCAACGUUGGCGAAUUUGGAGGUUAUUACUGUCCAUGCCAUGGAUCCCAUUAUGACGCUUCAGGACGAAUCAGGAAAGGACCGGCCCCUUUGAACUUAGAAGUCCCUCAGCAUGAAUUCAUGGAGGGUGGCAUCCUGGUCGUCGGGUAGGCAGUGCAUUCAGAGGGCGCCAUUUUUCAGCAUCCUCCUCAGUAUCUGUAAAUAGUCUCAUCCAAUGUGUGGAUAGGAUCAUCAAUCCCAUAGCUUGAUAUUUAAAACUCUCUAUGGAUCGAAUAAAGGAAAUUACAAGAAGCUAAACAAUA